AUGCUUUUUUCCAGCGACGUUGUUGCUCCAGACUGCCCUGAUACCGUCGCAGCAUUAACGUCAAAGCAUCCACUUCCAGCAGCAUCCCUCCGCAUGCCUGAACCCCCGGAGCCCGAUGCACCACACCUGAUUGCUAAUAAGAAAGAUGUGUUGGCCGCAGUUAUGUCUUUCCAAAACGGCUCCGCCGGUGGCCUCGAUGGCCUCUCGCCGCAACACCUAAAAGAUUUGCUAUGCGGUGCCACCGGUGACGCUGGCGAGCGUCUAUUGGACGGUAUCACCCAACUAAUAAACCUCAUGCUGUCUGGUAAAGUCUGCAGCGAGGUCUUAGGAAUCUUAUAUGGCGCAAAUCUCUGCGCCCUUAAAAAGAAAGACGGUGGCAUAAGGCCUAUCGCUGUAGGCUUUACCUUUCGGCGUAUUUGUUCUAAAAUUUGCUGCAAACAUAUUUUUCCAUCACUCACCAAAAAAUUUCAACCUUUCCAACUUGGUUUCGGCAGCAAAGGCGGCUGCGAGGCUGCUGUUCACGCAGCGCGCGCCUUUGUCAAUGACGACUCGUGCGAGGUGCUGCUGAAAGUGGACGUGAAAAACGCUUUCAACUCCGUCGAUAGAGGCGCCCUACUGACACAAAUCCAAGAUGCCACACCUCUUAUCUACAAAUACCUGUGGCAAUGUUACCACCAAUCCACAAACCUCCUCUUCAAAACCCAUCACUUGGCAUCAGCAGUGGGCUGUCAGCAAGGCGACCCACUUGGACCAGCUAUAUUCAGCCUUGCCAUCCACCCCAUAAUUUCAAACCUAAAUUCAAAAUUUAAUUCGUGGUACCUGGACGACGGAACUCUAGGUGGUGAUUGGAGGUCUGUUCUAGAUGAUUUGAGAAGCCUAACCGACUCUUUUAACACAAUAGGCUUAGAAUUAAACUUUACAAAAUGUGAACUUUUUAUAAAUAAUCCUCUCCCCACUACCGACCUGCAAAGCAUUAUUUCCAAUUUCAACACUUUAGCUCCAAAUAUCAAAAUUAUAGACAAAACCUCUCUUAGACUCCUUGGUGCCCCUAUCUUCCCGGAAUCCAUAGAACCUAUCAUUAGCGAACAUCUAAUUACUCACAAAGCUUAUUCGGACCGCCUUCUAAAAAUCAGCGCACACAUGGCGUUAGUAAUCAUUAAAUUUUGUCUUUUUGUGCCCAAAUUCACAUACAUACUUAGAUGCAGCCCCGUCUGGAAAUACCCUCAUCUUAUCGAACCCCUAGACUCCGUCCUUAAACUCACACUUUCAUCAAUCCUCAAUAUCAACCUGGACAACCGUGCCUGGACCCAGGCCUCUUUGCCAAUCCGUCAUGGCGGCCUGGGCAUCCGGCAAGUUGUCAGCGUUGCCCUCCCAGCUUUUUUGUCCUCUUUCCACAGCACGCAAGAUCUCGCCAAUAAAAUUUUUUGCCCUCCCGCCGACAAUAUCUGCAUCCAGAUACAGAUCGAGGCCAAAAAUUCUUGGACGCAAGCGUGCCCGGAAAAUCCAAUCCCAGCCUUCGUUCAUUCCCAAAAACUUUGGGAUGAGCCCCUCUGCAGAGUCACCCUAAAAGCUCUUAUUGAUAAUGCUCAAAGCCCUGCAGAGCGCGCUCGUCUCCUAGCCGUAUCGGAGCCAGAGUCGGGGCUCUGGCUCCAUGCAUUGCCAUCCCCCAACAUAGGCACCCUCCUAGAGAGAACGACCCUCGCACUCGCUACCAGUUUGCGAUUGGGAGUCAAAACCAAUGAGCCUCACCGCUGCCGCUGUGGCUCCAUUGUUGACGAGCUGGGCCACCACGGCUUGUCCUGCCAGAGAAGCGCGGGCCGCAUCUCUCGCCACGCCUCCCUGAAUGAUGUCAUCCGGAGGGCGCUUGCUUCCGUUAGCGUGCCGGCUAUCCUAGAGCCGAACGGUAUCGCACGCGACGACGGCAAGCGGCCCGACGGAAUGACACUUAUUCCGUGGAGGCUGGGGAGGACGCUUGUAUGGGACGCCACCUGCGUUGACACGCUCGCGCCGUCCCACCUACAGGCGACCUCCGUCAAGGCGGGAGCGGCGGCUACAACCGCUGAGCAGAACAAGCGGCGCAAAUAUGCUGUCCUCGGCGAGGGCUACAUAUUUGCGCCGUUUGGCGUAGAGACUCUGGGACCGUGGGGGCCUAGUGCAAAAAGACUUUUUAAGGAAAUAUCACAGCGCCUCAUUGACACCUCAGGUGACCGGAGGGCUGGCAGCUACCUCGGCCAGAGGAUAAGCCUGGCCAUCCAAAAAGGGAAAUUCGAGGGGUCCCCCGUUCUGAUACUUAUAAAGCACUGUUGA